UGUUUGAUCAUGAAGUUGCAGCUUUGGGGGCACCAAAUAGGAAUGCAGUCGCGUCGGUUGAUGUGAUUGGCUGGGUCGCGGGUGGAAAAAGACUGGAGCGAGGAUGGGCGAGUAUGGGCGAGAAUGGGCCUUGGUAUGGAGUGGUGGGAGCGCGACGAGACACUUGACGGCAGGCCAAGCAAGGGUCGGGUGUGUGGGACUGGGGAAUCAAUCACCCAGGCGUGCUAGGCGCCAGCAUGGCAGAGACAGACAGCAAACGGAAGCAAGCACUGGCAAGCAGAAGCGGGGCGGGGCCUCUCCAUUGUGGGUGGGCGAGCGUCUUGGGGCUGUCGCCCCAAAGGAGGGCGCCGGCAAAUGGGGCCAGUGGGAGGAGGCAGGUGGCAUCGCUGCCGUAGGCGUGUGCCGUCGGCAUGGAGGAGGAGGGUGCGAGUAAAGCAGCGAAACAAGGGACAGGUGCUGGGGGAAGGCUCUGUCGCGGGCGGCGGGCUCGUUGAUUGACUGAAGCGCGUGCAGGGUGGGUUUCCGGAGCCA